CGGGAAGGAGGGCGGAGCGGCCCAAGAUGGCGGCGCUGGGGCAGCCGCGGGCCCCGCUGAGGGCUCCGCUGUGGGCUCCGCUCUGCGCUCCGCUCUGCCUGGCGCUGGCGGCCGCCGCGCUGGGCAGACCCAGCCCCGUGAAGGUGCUGUCGGACGGCAUGUGGCGGGAUCUGCUGGAGGGCGAGUGGAUGGUGGAGUUCUACGCCCCGUGGUGUCCCGCCUGCCAGAACCUGCAGCCGGAGUGGGAGAAGUUUGCCGAGUGGGGAGAGGACCUGGGGGUGAACGUGGCCAAAGUGGAUGUGACGGAGCAGCCGGGAUUAAGUGGCCGUUUUAUCAUCACAGCUCUUCCUACCAUCUAUCACUGCAAAGAUGGAGAGUUCAGGAGGUACCAGGGUGCAAGAACUAAAACUGACUUCAUUAACUUCAUCAACGACCAGGAAUGGAAAUCUAUUGAACCAGUGUCCUCGUGGUUUGGGCCUUCCUCUUUCCUGAUGAGCAGCAUGUCAGCUUUGUUCCAGUUGUCCAUGUGGAUCAGGCAUGGCCAUGGUUAUUUAACAGAAAACCUUGGAAUACCGGUCUGGGGCUCCUAUGCUAUUUUUGGGUUGGCAACUCUGUUCUCAGGACUGAUACUGGGACUGAUGAUGGUGUUCCUGGCUGACUGUAUCUGCCCCUCCAAAAGGCACAGACCAGCACAGUACCCUCAGUCAAGAAAACUGUCUCCAGAGGCAGGUGAGCUGCUGAAAAAGCUGGAUGAAGAGCAAGAAGCAGACGAGGAAGAUAACUCAGAUGAUGAAAUGGAGGGCAAAGAGGUGUCCAACAGAGACUCGUCACCGAGGGCUGUGAGGCAGCGCCUGGCGAAAACGGCUGCUCCACUGGAUAAAUCUUAGCUGGAUUUGUGAGCAGGAUUAGUGUUUGAGUCAUCAACUCAAAGGGAGAUAAAUGUCAAAUCCUUCAGCUUGAAGAGAAGAAUGACUCCUGGCUUGGUAAUGUGGAUGCAUUUCAUGAAGUCAGACCAAAAAAAAAAAAAAAAAAAAAAAAAAUAGAGGCAUCUUUGGCGUCAGGUAUUUAAAAGUAAAACUUGCUGUUGCAAAUGGCUGGAACUUCUCCUGCCUGAGUGCAGGGAAGUGCCAAGAAAUCAUUGAUGUGGCUCCUGGAACGACUUGUUCUCUAGGGGUUGUUUUUACCAGGAUGUAAACCAGUGGACUUGUUGCAUGAGGGGAACCUUAGCAAGGAAAAUGCACCAACCCGUUUGCUGUCAGGGUGUUCAAAAAGGGUUCUCAGUCUAAAUCUCACCUAGUUGUGCUCCGAAGAAAUGCUGAGGGGGGAAAAGUUCCUUCAGUUAUGGGACAUGUCCCAGGCUUUUUUAUGUGACAAAACCUGCUUUUUGCCACGACAAUGAGAGCUACAAACCCCCAGGUUUUUGUCUUGCAGGAGACCAUGGCACAAGCACUCUGCAGCAGGAUUCUCUGGCUGACCAGAAACCUGCUGUUGGCAUCGUUUUUCUUUUAGAAAAGGCUGUAGAAAACUAUAUGAGCUUCUUGGCAAAGUAGUUCUCUUGAAAGAAAAAAAAAAACAAACCACAAAUAAUAGCACCAUGAAAUCUUGUUUGUGACUCCAGG